GGUGCUAUAAAAGGAAGCAGCCUGCCGUUUGCCUCUCCAGGAUUCUCUUCAACAUCCAUCACUGCAGAGAAACUCCAUCAAGAUCUUCAGAUCCCUCCACAUCAGAGGCAUCGAGCUCCAAGAUGAUGUGGUUCCUCUUCCUGUUUGGUCUGGCUCUGGCUGCUGAGCCUCCUUCAGAUGGACAGGAACUGAAGCUGGUGCGUGGCGGCUGUCCUUUGUUCUGGUUCAGCUUCCAGGGUCGCUGCUACAAGUANUUUGAUCCUACUCGGUCACUAACCUGGAUUGGACUCACUGAUAUGCAUAAGGAAGGAGGGUGGAUUUGGUCUGAUGGAUGUAAAUACAGAUUUUCCCGCUGGGAUUCUGGACAGCCUGACAAUUAUCGUGGAAAUGAAAACUGUGGAGUGACCAACUAUGGGAGCAAUUUUUACUGGAACGAUGGUGGGUGCUCAAUUAAAUUUGCUUUUGUCUGCGCCACUCGCACAGUUUGUCCCUAGACAAAAAAAAAAUAAUAAUAAAAAUAUUGU